AGACCCCGCGGUGACACCGGCCCCAGGGGACCUCACCACCGUGACAGGAUGAGCAAGGGCCAGCAGAGCCAGGAGCCGCUGUCGGAGCUGGAGAAGGCCAUGGACGUCAUCAUCGACGUGUUCCACCAGUACUCCCGGCGGGAGGGGGACAGGGACACCCUGAGCAAGAAGGAGCUCAAGCUGCUGAUUGAGAAGCAGCUGGCGAAUUACCUCAAGCACGUGAAGAACAAGGCCACCAUCGACCAGAUCAUGAAGGACCUGGAUGUGAACAAGGACUCCCAGCUCAGCUUCGGCGAGACGAUGCUGCUGGUUGUCCGUGUCACCUGCGCCACCCACGAGCACCUGCACGAGGUGGAGGAGCAGCAGCACCAGCACCACCACCAGCACCACCACUGAGGCUCCUUCCUCUCCCUCCCAGGGAUCUUCCCGCUUGGAAAAGGCUCCCGAGCCCAAAUCCCGCCCGGAGCCGCCGCUCCCUGCCCGCCUCCCUCCUUCCCUCCCUCCCCGCGCCGCGGUUUUGCUGCCGAAUAAAGAUUUACCCCGAAGCUCUCCU